GUGCUGGUGCUAGCACUUUUACCUGCGGAACUUGGUCCGAAUCUCAUGAACUACUUGCAGUUGCUGAUGACACUGAUACAAUAUAUAUUAUCAAACCAAAUGGUGAAGAUAUGGCUAGAAUUACAAAGAGGCAUCUGAAUGCCUCUUCACCUUUUCUCGGUUUGAUUGUACAGGAUAAUGCUUCGAAGAAACAAUCUUACUUAUAUGCCUUCACUAUAUUUGUUUCAGAUGGUACUUUUCAUGAUAUUGAGAUCAGUAAGGAUCCAAGCGCCUCUAUUUUUCCUACACAAGCACUGAACAGUUCUCAAAGGCUAAGACAGUUUCCCCUGGAAAUUUGCUGUUGGGACUACCAUACGAAACUUUCUUUACUUGCCAUAGCUAGUAGUGUUGGUGACGUCUCAUCUUCAGGAUCUUGUAAUAUUUCCAUUUGGCGAAAAUCAAACUUAGAAAUGGAGCCAUUGGCUUCUGUUAAGUUUGAAGGUUCAUAUUCCAUAGCAAAAGAAUAUCAUGGUCAACUGACAUCUCCAAAAGUGCUCUUCUCACUGCACGGCAAUUAUGUUGCUUCCCUGGAUUUUGAAGGGUGCUUACUCAUUUUUCAGUUUGAUGAAGAAACAUGUUCACUCUCAAAACUCUCUGAUGGUAGGAGCUGCACCUCAAAGGCAACAAAUGACAUAUCAAGCAGUGGAGCAGAAUUUCUACAUGACAUUGUGGAUUUCACUUGGUGGUCUGAUGACGUACUCACUGUUGCCAAAAGAAAUGGCACCAUUGCCAUGGUUGACAUUUUCAGUUAUGCAAUUGUAUCUAAGGAUAGCCAUGCAUAUUCAAUCCCCCUUCUAGAAAGAGCGCAACAAUCCCCUGGGCUGAUUUUUCUUUUAGAAAAUAUCAUAUCUGAGGACAGCCACAGAUCUUCUGAACGGAAAGGUAGUAUUGAGCUUGUCAUGAGUGAGAGACCCGAACAGCUCGAUUUCUCCAAGGUGGAAUGGAGUUUAGUAUCAUUGGUGAAAAAAUCUGUUCUUGAAGUUUAUGAUAACCUAAUCAGUACUAGAAGGUAUCAGGCUGCUUUGGACUUUGCUGAUCGUCAUGGGCUUGACAAAGAUGAGGUGCUGAAGUCACAGUGGUUAUCUUCUGCACAAGGAGUUCAUGAGAUAAAUUCUAUAUUUCCCACCAUCAAGGACCUAGGUUUUGUGCUUUCUGAGUGUGUGGAUAAAGUAGGAGCAACAGAAGAUGCUGCAAGGGCUUUAAUUUCUUUUGGUCUUCGCUUAACGGACUCUUUUAGAUUUUCUGAGUUGAAAGAUAAUGAGAGUGAGCCCAUUUGGAAUUUUCGUUUGGCAAGACUUAAGUUACUACAGUUCAGAGAUAGGCUGGAGACAUUUGUUGGUGUAAACAUGGGCAGGUACUCUGUGCAGGAGUAUAUCAAAUUCCGUCAAUUGCCCAUAGGAAAAGCUGCUUUGGUUCUCGCAGAAAGUGGGAAGAUUGGUGCUUUGAACCUUCUAUUUAAGCGUCAUCCCUAUUCUUUGAUUCCUUCAAUGUUGGAAGUUUUAGCUGCUAUACCCGAGACUAUUCCAGUUCAAUCCUAUGGACAGCUGCUUCCAGCAAUUUCUGCUCCUUCCAGUAUUGUUCUCAGGGAUGAGGAUUGGGUGGAAUGCGAAACGACAGUGAUUUUCCUAAAAAACCUCGAUCAUGUGGGAAGUAUCCAAUAUAUGACUGAACCUGUAAUGAAGCACAUGGCGCUUCAAUGGCCAUCUGUUUCUGAACUUUCUACUUGGUACAAGAAAAGAGCUAGAGAAAUUGAUACCUUAAGCGGACAGCUGGACAACUGCAUGUGCUUGGUUGAUUUGGCCAUCUGUAAGGGAGUCUCCGAAUUACAGCAUUUCCAUGAGGAUAUUUUUCACUUGCAUCAGCUAAUAUACUCUGAUGAAACUGAAGAUGGCAUCAGCUUUUCUAUGAGCCUUGCUAACUGGGAACAACUACCAGAUUAUGCAAAAUUCAAGGUAAUGAUGGUGGGUGCCAAGGAGGAUAAUGUAAUUACUCGAUUACAUGAAAAAGCGAUUCCAUUCAUGCAAACGAGAUUUCAUGCAUUGAAUUCCAAUGAUGCUACCAAUGGUUAUCCAACACAAGAUAAGACUGUUGACUCAUUCCUGGUCAGAUGGAUGAUAGAAGUUGCGACCCAGAAUAAACUGGACAUUUGCUCAAUAAUAAUCGAAGAAGGGUGCAGGGAUAUGGCUAAGAAAUUUCUUUUCAAAGAUCAAGUGGAGCUCAUUGAUUGUGCUCUUCGUUGUAUAUACUUUUGCACUGAUGUAGAUAGCUGGAGUACUAUGUCUACCAUUUUGUCUAAACUUCCACAGUUGCGAGACCUUGAAGAUGAGGAUAUAAAGGAUAGACUCAAACUUGCAGAGGGCCACGUUGAAGCGGGACGAUUGUUGGCAUAUUAUCAGGUUCCCAAGCCAAUAAGUUUCUUCCUGGAUGCACGCUCAGAUGAAAAGGGUGUCAAACAAAUUAUUCGUCUUUUACUUUCGAAAUUUAUUCGCUCGCAACCGGGUCGGUCUGACCAUGAUUGGGCAAGCCUGUGGCGUGAUUUGCAAUCCCUUCAAGGGAAGGCAUUUACAUUUUUGAAUUCGGAGUACAUGUUGAUUGAGUUCUGUAGGGGUUUGCUGACAGCUGGAAAGUUUUCAUUAGCAAGGAAUUACCUGAAAGGCACCAGUUCUGUUAAUUUGGCAACAGAUAAGGCAGAAAAUCUUGUUAUUCAAGCUGCAAGGGAGUACUUUUUCUCAGCACCAACUCUUGCUUGCUCUGAGAUCUGGAAGGCUAAGGAAUGUCUGAGUAUUUUCCCUAGCAGCAGAAACGUCAGGGCAGAGGCUGACAUCAUUGAUGCUGUUACAGUCAGACUUCCAAACCUUGGAGUCAACCUCCUCCCGAUGGCAUUCCGGCAAAUCAAGGAUCCCAUGGAAAUUAUUAAGUUGGCAGUUACUAGUCAAGGUGGAGCUUAUCUAAAUGUUGAUGAAAUUAUUGAGAUCGCUAAGCUUCUCGGAUUGAGCUCACAGGAAGAUCUAUCAACAGUUCAGGAAGCUAUUGCUAGAGAAGCAGCAUUCGCAGGAGAUGUACAACUGGCUUUUGAUCUGUGCCUCGUGCUUGCCAAAAAGGGUCACGGUUCUAUUUGGGACUUGUGUACUGCUCUUGCCAGGAGCCAAGCUAUCGAGAGCAUGGACUUGAAAUCCCAAAAACUUCUUUUAGGUUUCGCUUUGAGCCAUUGUGAUGAAGAAUCGAUAGGUGAGAUCCUUCAAGAGUGGGAGGAUGUUGACAUGCAGGAGCAAUGUGAAACUAUGAUUGUAUUGACUGGAAGAGAGCCUCCUGAAUUCUCGGAACAGAGUUCAUUAAACUCUGGCGAGUUUUCUGGGAGGAUUAAUGUGAAAUUUGAUGACCACGAGCCACAGGUUGAAAUGGCAAAAAGUGUGCUCUCACAUGUUGCUAAAAAUUUGUCAUCUGAAAAUGAAUAUGAACGGGAAUCCCUUCUUAAGGAGAACAGGAAGGUGCUUCCAUUUGCUGCCUCACAGCUCCCAUGGUUGCUCGAAUUGAGUGAAAGCGAAGAAUUUGGGAAAAGGCUUCCUUCAGGUUCUGCACCUGCAAUCCAGUACGUCAGUAUAAAAGCCCAAUCAGUGAUGAGUAUUUUGUCGUGGUUGACGAGGAGUGGUUUUGUCCCAACGGAUGAUAUGAUUGUCUCUCUUGCUAAAUCAAUUAUGGAACCGCCUGUUUCAGAUGAGGAGGAUUUUAUAGGUUGUUCUGUUCUGCUAAAUCUUGUGGAUGCCUUUCAUGGUGCUGAAAUAAUUGAACAGCAGCUGAAAACAAGGGACAACUACCGUGAAUUUUCCAGUCUCAUGAAUGUGGGCAUGAUAUAUAGUUUGUUGCACAGUUAUGGCACUGAAUGUGAGGAUCCUGCUCAAAGGAGGGAGCUGUUGCUGAAUAAGCUUCAAGAGAAGCACAGACUACUCAGUUCAGACGAGUGCAGUAUUGUACACAAAGCACAAUCAACAUUCUGGAAUGAAUGGAAAGUGAAAUUAGAACAACAGAAGACUGUAGCAGAUAAAUCGAGGGUAUUGGAGAAAUUAAUACCUGGGGUGGAUACCUCUCGUUUCUUUUCUGGAGACAGAGAGUAUAUACAGAGUGUUAUCUUUUCUCUUAUCGAGUCUGUAAAAGUGGAGAAGAAGAGCAUUCUGAAGGACACCUUAGUUUUAGCUCAUACCUAUUGUCUGAAUCAUAGCAAGGUUAUUCUGCAUUACCUGAAUACCAUACUUGUUUCCGAGGUAUGGAGUGUUGAUGAUAUCACAGAGGAAAUUGCAGAUUUUAAGGAAGAAAUACUUGCCUAUGCUGGUGAAGCCAUUAAAACCAUUGCUUUGUCUGUUUACCCCGCAAUCGAUGGUCGUGAUAAGCAAAGACUUGGAUUUAUAUAUAAUCUGCUUUCUGAUUGCUAUAUGCAUCUACAAAAAUUGGGGAAAUUAGAAAAUGCUCUUUGGCUAGCACGUUUUUGCAAAAUCAUUGGUCAAGAAUGCAGCAGGGUUUCUUUCAUUAAGGGCCUCGACUUCAAAAACAUUGCCAGUUUACAAGAUCUUAACUUGAAUAGCUUCAAUGAUGAAGUUUAUUCUCAAAUAGACGAGAGCAAUGUAGAGGCACUGGCAACAAUGGUUCAAAACCUUGUCCUCUUAUGCGGUGAUACAGUUCCUGAGGGUCUUGUAUCUUGGAAUUAUAUAUAUGCACAUUAUGUGUUGAGCUCUUUGGUCACUUUAGAAGAAAAGACCGAAAGAGAGAAGGCCCAUUUUCAAAGCUCGGAAGAUAUUAACUCUUUUGUAGACGAGAUCGAGUAUACAUAUGAUAAAAGUUCAAAAUAUUUCAGAUUUAUCGAGCAUCCAGGCAUCUCAGACAUAGUGCUUCGCUUUUUCACUAUCGUCGUACCGAUUGAUAAAAAUUUGAAGAAUUUCCCUUGCGACUCAACUGGGAAGGAGUGCCUGGUCAAACUUAUAACCUUCUGGCUCAGGUUGGUGAAUGAUAUGAACGAGCUAAUUACGUGGGAUAUCUCAGCCAGAAGGUUUUACUCGGAAUUUUCAGUGAAAUUCCUUGAUGUUUCCAGAGAUUUGCUCAUCCACGGGAUAAUAUCACCUAACCAGUGUUGGUGCACUGUUGUUAGCUAUGUGACAUAUGGCCUUCAAAAUAAUUCUGCCAUUGAAACUUUCAACUUUUUCCGAGCCAUGAUCUUUAGCGGCUGCGGUUUUGAAGCUAUAGCUCGUGUCUUUUCCGAAAUCAUGCACCAUGUCCCACCUGAAACAUCAUUGUCAAUUGCAGCAACUGCAGAGACUUCUGUCGAUAUCCAAGAUCUUCCAAACCUGUACCUGAGCAUACUGGACACCCUUUUGCAGGAACUAGCCCGAGGGUCCCACAAUUGCCAGAGUUUGCACCAUCUGCUAUCGUCUUUAAGUAAAACGGAGGGCAACUUGGACGAUCUCAAGAAAGUAAGACUUUCUGUUUGGGAGAGAAUGUCUAGAUUUUCCGAAAAUCUACAGCUGUCGAGCAAUACUCGCGUGUAUGCGUUGGAGCUCAUGCAGUUAAUCUCUGGGCAAAAGAUAAAUUCGGACGUGUUCUCUCCCGAGGCCCCUGUGUGCCUUCUUCAGCCUUGGGAUGGCUGGAAUGAUUUACAGAGUAGAAACAUAAAUUCAGAGACCACAUCUAGUGACCUGACUUCAGAGGACACGUCUAGCAGGUUUAUGAGUACACUCGUGGCCCUUAAAUCGUCGGGGCUAGUUUCGUCCAUUUCGCCUGGCCUGGAAAUUACGCAAGAAGACACUGUAUCGGUGGACUCUGCUGUUUCUUGCUUUUUAAGAAUUUCCGAAUUUGCCACCACUGCUUCGCAUGUUGAUGCUUUACGAUCCGUUUUGGCCGAGUGGGAAGUGCUUUUUAUUACAACCCGUGUGAAUAAAAACGACGCUGUUGAAGUAUCUGAUGAUGCCAACAGCUGGACCAAUGAUGACUGGGAUGAGGGCUGGGAGAGCUUUCAGGAAGAAUCGGCCGAGAAAGCCUCAAAGGACGAAAAUGCCCUCUCGUGUCUGGAUGCGGUCGAGAGCAAGCUGGAGGAAAAAGGCGUGUCUGACGAAAUUGUCCUUGACUAUUUCUUUUUUAUUCUCAUUUUAUCAUCUGGAAUUUUACCCAAGAUCAUAGCCCAAAAUUCUUAUGGCGCCAUAUUUUCUUACAUUUGCUUCUUGGUCGGGAAUUUCUGCCGGCGGGCCCAGGAGGCACGGGUGUUGGCCAAUGAGAGCAAAGAAAGCCUCAAUUUCCUAUUCGUGGAAGUGUUGUUCCCCUGUUUCAUAGCGGAGCUUGUGAAAGCAGGCCAGCACAUUUUGGCCGGAUUUCUGGUGACAAAAUUCAUGCACACGAAUGCUUCGCUUAGCUUGAUCAAUGUUUCGGGGCCGAGUCUGAGGAAAUUCUUCGAAGGGCAUUUUCGGGAAUUCGAGGAACGAGGGUCCCGGGAGGAGAAUGUAAGCUUCUGCGAACCGCUGUCGAGCACUGUUGCCGGUUUGAGGGGCAAUUUGGGUAAUUUGAUACAAUCAGCAAUGUCGUUUCUGGCAACUGAUGUUAGAUAA